GGGUAAGUUGUCGUAGGGGCCCGGUCCGUGAGGGACUGCUAAGGAAGAGGCUGCAUGGCGCGGUAGUCCCUCGAGUGGAGGUCGGCUGCCCCUGGGAAACCAGAGAGUCGGAGGGAGUCCAUCUGGAGCGGCCAAACUAUAGCCCAGGCUGGAGUGCAAUGGCAAGAUCUCGGCUUACUACAGGUUUGACCUCCUGUGCUCAAGCAAUCCUCCCACCUCAGCCUUCCAAGUAGCUGGAACUACAGGUGCAUCACUUCUAUCGGUAGCAACUCUCAUAUAUCGGGAUCCUCAAAUGGGAGAAGGCCUGCUGAGAGCUGGGGAUACAGUGAGAGCUGGGGAACAGAACAGAGAUGGUCCUAAUCUUUAUGGAGAACCAUUGGGUGGUCCAUUGGGUGAGAUGGACAUUUCUCCAGGAAUCCCACAAAAAUGGAAUCAUGAACUUCAAGAAGAGGUCAUGUAGGGAAAGGACACAAUGGGUCUCGCUCUGUUGCCCAGGCUGGAGAGUGGUGCAAUCUUGGCUCGCUGCAACCUCCAUCUCCCAGGUUCAAGCUACUCUCCUGCCUCAUCCUCCUGAGUAGCUGGGAUAACAGGUGGUGACUUUCAAAAGGAAAUAGGAUCAUGGCAGCAGAUGAUGACAAUGGUGAUGGAACAAGUUUAUUUGAUGUCUUUUCUGCUUCUCCUCUUAAGAACAAUGACGAAGGCUCACUGGACAUAUACGCUGGGUUGGAUAGUGCUGUUUCUGACAGCGCUUCCAAAUCCUGUGUACCAUCAAGAAAUUGUUUGGACUUAUAUGAAGAGAUCCUGACUGAAGAAGGAACUGCAAAAGAGGCAACAUAUAAUGAUUUGCAAGUAGAAUAUGGAAAAUGUCAACUACAAAUGAAAGAGCUGAUGAAAAAGUUUAAAGAAAUACAGACACAGAAUUUCAGCUUAAUAAACGAAAACCAGUCUCUUAAGAAGAAUAUUUCAGCACUUAUCAAAACUGCCAGAGUGGAAAUAAACCGCAAGGAUGAAGAAAUAAGUAAUCUUCACCAGAGAUUGUCUGAGUUUCCACAUUUUCGAAAUAAUCAUAAAACUGCAAGGACAUUUGAUACAGUUAAAACAAAAGAUCUUAAAUCUAGAUCUCCACAUUUGGAUGAUUGUUCAAAGACUGAUCACAGAGCUAAAAGUGAUGUUUCUAAAGAUGUACAUCAUAGCACUUCACUGCCAAAUCUGGAAAAGGAAGGAAAACCACAUUCUGAUAAAAGGAGUACUUCACAUUUACCUACAUCUGUUGAGAAACACUGCACUAAUGGUGUUUGGUCACGUUCUCAUUAUCAGGUUGGCGAGGGUAGCUCAAAUGAGGAUAGUAGAAGAGGAAGAAAAGAUAUUAGACAUAGCCAGUUUAACAGAGGAACUGAAAGAGUACGAAAAGACUUAAGUACUGGCUGUGGUGAUGGUGAACCAAGGAUAUUGGAGGCUAGUCAAAGGCUACAAGGACAUCCUGAGAAAUAUGGUAAAGGUGAACCAAAGACUGAAAGCAAAAGUUCAAAGUUUAAAAGUAACUCAGAUUCUGACUAUAAAGGUGAACGCAUUAACUCUUCUUGGGAGAAAGAGACCCCUGGAGAAAGGUCACACAGUCGAGUAGACUCUCAAAGUGACAAAAAACUAGAAAGACAAAGUGAAAGAUCACAAAAUAUAAAUAGGAAAGAAGUUAAAUCACAAGACAAAGAAGAAAGAAAAGUUGAUCAAAAACCUAAAUCAGUAGUAAAGGACCAAGAUCACUGGAGAAGAUCUGAACGAGCAUCACUUCCUCAUUCCAAGAAUGAAAUAACAUUUUCUCAUAAUUCAAGUAAAUACCAUCUAGAAGAGAGAAGAGGAUGGGAAGAUUGUAAAAGAGACAAGAGUGUAAACAGUCAUAGUUUUCAAGAUGGAAGAUGUCCAUCUUCUCUUUCAAACAGUAGAACUCACAAAAACAUUGACUCUAAGGAAGUUGAUGCUAUGCAUCAGUGGGAAAAUACACCUUUAAAAGCAGAAAGACAUAGAACUGAAGAUAAGAGGAAAAGAGAACGAGAAAGCAAAGAAGAAAAUAGGCAUAUUAGAAAUGAAAAAAGAGUACCUACAGAACAUUUGCAGAAGACUAAUAAGGAAACUAAGAAAACCACUACUGAUUUAAAGAAACAGAAUGAGCCAAAGACUGAUAAGGGAGAAGUCCUUGAUAAUGGUGUUUCUGAAGGAGCAGAUAAUAAAGAGCUUGCAAUGAAAGCUGAGAGUGGUCCAAAUGAAACAAAAAACAAGGACCUAAAAUUGAGUUUUAUGAAAAAAUUGAACUUAACUCUUUCUCCUGCUAAAAAGCAACCUGUUUCCCAGGAUAAUCAGCAUAAAAUAACUGAUGUUCCCAAGUCCAGUGGUGUAUGUGAUUCAGAGUCUUCAAUGCAAGUUAAAACAGUGGCAUAUGUUCCCUCCAUCAGUGAACAUAUCUUGGGGGAAGCAUCUGUCAGUGAACAUACCAUGGGGGAAACCAAGUCAACGUUAUUGGAACCAAAGGUUGCUCUUCUAGCAGUGACUGAACCCAGGAUCGGUAUCUCAGAAACUAACAAGGAAGACGAAAAUAGUUUGUUAGUUAGAUCUGUUGACAAUACUAUGCAUUGUGAAGUGCCCAUUUGUGGUACAGAGACUUCCUUCCCAUCUCCUGUGGAAAUACAACAGACAGAGUCCUUGUUUCCAUCAACAGGAAUGAAACAAACCAUUAAUAAUGGAAGGGCAGCAGCUCCUGUGGUAAUGGAUGUAUUACAAACAGAUGUGUCUCAAAACUUUGGCUUGGAAUUGGAUACCAAAAGAAAUGAUAAUUCAGAUUCUUGUGGUAUUUCUGAAGGUAUGGAGAUGAAGGUGGCACUUUCAACAACAGUGGGUGAAACCACUGAAAGCAUUUUGCAGCCUUCAAUUGAGGAAGCUGAUAUUUUGCCAAUAAUGCUUUCAGAAGAUAAUAACCCAAAAUUUGAGCCUUCUGUUAUAGUUACACCACUGGUUGAGAGUAAGUCGUGUCAUCUGGAGCCUUGCUUACCUAAAGAGACUCUAGAUUCUUCACUUCAGCAGACUGAGUUAAUGGACCACAGAAUGGCAACUGGUGAAACAAACUCAGUAUAUCAUGAUGAUGAUAACUCGGUUUUGAGCAUUGACCUUAAUCACCUGAGACCUAUUCCAGAAGCCAUCAGUCCUCUGAAUAGUCCAGUGAGACCUGUAGCAAAAGUUCUUAGAAAUGAAAGCCCACCUCAAGUUCCAGUGUAUAAUAACAGUCAUAAAGAUGUGUUUUUACCAAAUUCAGCUCAUUCUACCUCUAAGAGUCAGUCUGAUCUCAAUAAGGAAAAUCAAAAGCCAAUUUACAAAUCUGACAAAUGUACAGAAGCAGACACAUGUAAGAAUUCACCAUUAGAUGAAUUAGAAGAAGGAGAAAUUAGAAGUGAUAGUGAAACAUCUAAACCACAAGAAAGUUUUGAAAAAAAUUCCAAGCCUAGAGCGUCAGCUGAUGUGCGGAAGUCAAAGACUAUCCCACGACGUGGGAAAAGUACUGUGUGUUUAGAUAAAGACAGUAGGAAAACACAUGUAAGAAUCCAUCAGACCAAUAACAAAUGGAAUAAAAGACCUGAUAAAUCUAGCAGAUCUUCAAAAACAGAGAAGAAAGAUAAAGUGAUGAGCACUUCCAGCUUGGAAAAAAUAGUUCCAAUUAUUGCUGUACCCUCUUCUGAACAAGAGAUCAUGCACAUGUUACGAAUGAUAAGAAAACAUGUAAGAAAAAAUUAUAUGAAAUUCAAGGCAAAAUUUUCAUUAAUACAAUUUCACAGAAUUAUUGAGUCAGCAAUUUUGAGUUUUACAUCUUUAAUUAAACAUCUCAACUUACACAAAAUCUCUAAGUCAGUGACUACCUUACAGAAGAAUCUCUGUGAUAUUAUAGAGUCUAAACUUAAGCAAGUUAAAAAGAAUGGCAUAGUUGAUCGUUUAUUUGAACAGCAGCUACCAGAUAUGAAAAAAAAAUUGUGGAAGUUUGUAGAUGACCAACUUGAUUAUUUGUUUGCAAAGCUUAAGAAAAUCUUAGUAUGUGAUUCCAAAAGCUUUGGAAGAGAUAGUGAUGAAGGCAAACUUGAAAAAACAAGUAAACAGAAUGCACAGUAUUCAAAUAGUCAGAAAAGGAGUGUGGACAACUCCAACAGAGAAUUGCUGAAAGAAAAAUUAUCAAAAUCAGAAGACCCUGUUCAUUAUAAGUCUUUAGUGGGAUGUAAAAAAUCUGAGGAAAAUUAUCAAGACCAAAAUAACUCCAGUAUUAACACUGUAAAGCAUGACAUUAAAAAAAAUUUUAACAUCUGCUUUGAUAAUAUAAAGAACUCUCAAUCCGAAGAGCGCUCCUUGGAAGUAUACUGUCCAAGCACCCCAAAGUCAGAAAAAAACGAAGGAAGCAGCAUAGAGGAUGCACAGACAUCCCAGCAUGCAACUUUGAAGCCAGAACGAAGUUUCGAGAUUCUUACCGAACAGCAAGCAUCGAGCCUUACUUUUAAUUUAGUGAGUGAUGCACAAAUGGGUGAAAUAUUUAAAAGUUUGUUGCAAGGUUCUGAUCUUUUAGACAGCAGUGUUAACUGUACUGAAAAAAGUGAGUGGGAGUUAAAGACUCCAGAGAAGCAGCUGCUAGAGACUCUUAAGUGCGAGUCUAUACCAGCUUGUACAACAGAAGAGCUAGUUUCAGGGGUGGCUUCUCCAUGUCCUAAAAUGAUUAAUGAUGAUAAUUGGUCAUUAUUAUCAUCUGAAAAAGGUCCAUCUCUGUCUUCAGGGCUUUCAUUGCCAAUUCAUCCUGAUGUGUUGGAUGAAAGUUGUAUGUUUGAAGUGUCUACUAACCUACCUUUAAGUAAAGAUAAUGUGUGUAGUGUAGAAAAGAGCAAGCCCUGCGUUUCUUCCAUACUUCUUGAAGAUCUAGCAGUCUCUUUAACAGUACCAUCGCCUCUGAAGUCAGAUGGUCAUCUCAGUUUUUUAAAGCCUGAUGUGUCGUCCAGUUCAACUCCUGAAGAAGUCAUUAGUGCUCAUUUUAGUGAAGAUGCCUUACUUGAGGAAGAGGAUGCAUCUGAGCAAGAUAUUCAUUUAGCUCUGGAGUCUGAUAAUUCAAGCAGUAAAUCAAGUUGUUCUUCUUCCUGGACAAGCCGAUCUGUUGCUCCAGGCUUUCAGUACCACCCUAAUCUACCUAUGCAUGCCGUCAUAAUGGAAAAGUCCAAUGAUCAUUUCAUUGUGAAAAUACGACGUGCAACACCAUCUACCUCUUCUGGCCUUAAACAGAGUAUGAUGCCUGAUGAAUUACUGACAUCUUUGCCCAGACAUGGAAAGGAAGCUGAUGAAGGACCAGAGAAAGAAUAUAUUUCAUGUCAGAACACAGUUUUUAGAUCUGUGGAGGAAUUGGAAAACUCCAACAAAAAUGUUGAUAGCAGCAAGUCAACUCAUGAAGAACAGAGCUCUAUGAUACAAACACAGGUUCCUGAUAUAUAUGAAUUUCUUAAAGAUGCUUCAGAUAAGAUGGGUCAUAGUGAUGAAGUGGCUGAUGAAUGUUUCAAAUUGCAUCAAGUAUGGGAAACAAAAGUGCCUGAAAGCAUUGAAGAAUUGCCUUCAAUGGAAGAAAUCUCACACUCUGUUGGGGAACAUCUUCCAAACACAUACGUAGAUCUAACGAAAGAUCCAGUCACUGAAACCAAAAACUUGGGGGAAUUCAUAGAAGUAACAGUUUUACAUAUUGAUCAGUUGGGAUGUUCUGGAGGCAAUUUAAAUCAGAGUGCUCAAAUAUUAGACAAUUCUUUGCAGGCUGAUACUGUAGGUGCUUUUAUUGAUUUGACACAAGAUGCUUCAAGUGAGGCUAAAAGUGAAGGUAAUCAUCCUGCAUUAGCUGUGGAAGACUUGGGAUGUGGGGUGAUACAGGUAGAUGAAGAUAAUUGUAAGGAAGAAAAGGCACAAGUGGCAAACAGGCCUUUAAAAUGCAUUGUUGAGGAAACCUAUAUCGACUUGACCACAGAAUCUCCCAGUUCAUGUGAAGUAAAAAAAGAUGAGUUAAAAUCAGAGCCGGGAUCAAAUUGUGAUAACUCGGAGUUGCCUGGGACUUUGCAUAAUGCUCACAAAAAGAGAAGAAACAUUUCUGAUCUAAAUCAUCCUCAUAAAAAACAAAGAAAGGAAACAGACUUAACUAAUAAGGAAAAGACCAAGAAACCUACCCAAGAUUCUUGUGAGAAUACUGAAGCUCACCGAAAGAAAGCCAGUAAGAAGAAGGCCCCUCCUGUGACUAAAGAUCCCUCAUCAUUAAAGGCAACCCCAGGGAUUAAGGAUUCAUCAGCAGCACUUGCCACUUCUACAAGUCUUUCUGCAAAAAAUGUUAUUAAAAAGAAGGGAGAAAUUAUCAUUUUAUGGACAAGAAAUGAUGACCGGGAAAUUUUAUUGGAGUGUCAGAAAAGAGGGCCAUCAUUUAAAACAUUUGCAUAUUUAGCCGCCAAGUUGGAUAAAAAUCCAAAUCAGGUCUCAGAAAGAUUCCAGCAGCUAAUGAAGCUCUUUGAAAAGUCAAAAUGCAGAUAAGUUGCUGAAUUCCUGGGACUCUUAAUUGAUAUUGCAUACUACACAGAAGCUUCAAAUUCCUCAUGUUUUAAAUGAGCACUAGAGGGAGGUUUAUCACCUUUUUGGUUACCAGAUGAUAAUCUACAUUUGUUAUUACUCAGUGACUCUCUAAUUUCACAUCAGCAUGUUCAGCUUGUUCUAGUCAUCAUUCUGAUUUGCUUAUCUGUUUUUGGUCAAAAUAUUUAUUUUUAAACAUGUUAGAACUUACCAAAAUGAAAGCAACAGUGAUGUAUUGAAAUCUUAGUUUUGAUAUUUUAAAGAAGUGACUUUCUAGAUUAAAAAAAUAGUUUUGUAGCAUUUUAAACUUAGUGACUAUUUAGUUCAAGUGUUCAUCCAUUUUUUAUUUGCUUUUAUAAUUGCCUCUCCUUGUUUUGGUAUAUUGUAAAAUAAUUUAAAUAAUGUAUUUAUAAAUAUGUAUAAUUAUGAUGUAAAAUACCGUGUGUAUAUGUAUGUAUGUGUGUUUCUGUAUAUGCACACACAUAAAUGGCUUUGCCUAGCCAAGGAUUUUUUUUAUCUGUAUAAAACUUGUAUAAAGUUUGCUUUCAAUAACAGUAAUGUAUAAUAAAACCAUGUAAAGUUUUGUUGUA